AUGGGCGAGCAACUUGUAUGGGCCUGCAAGAAUGGAGAUCUUGAUCAAGUGAAAGAUAUCAUGGAGAAACCGGUGAGAAAAACUGAGCAAGUGAACAAUAAUACUUCGUUGUCUAUGCUUGUGGGUGUGAUGUCCGAUUCCAAAUGGUCCCAAUUUCUUGCUUUGGCUGGUGUGCAAAACGUCAAAGCUUUCUAGAAAAUGCUACGCAUUGAAAACAGUAUUGAUCUGAAAAUAAGUAUCUUCCGGUGAAUCUCACCCUCUACAUCUGGGCAAUUUGUGAAAUUUUUGUAGAAAAUUGUAAUGUGCAAGGUUUGCUAGGCUUUCGGAUUAUUGCAGAUUAUUGCCGUCUUGUUUUGCUUCUCGAAUUUCGCAAGGUUUCUUGAUCUCUAUAGUUACGUAUUCGAUUCCUUUAAAACACUACAACUGGUUCUAAGGGAACUUGCUACAAUUGUAGGGACGUAGUUUCAGUUUUGUAUACGUUCUGGAGCUUUUGUUAGAAAUUUAGACAUCAAUCUUGUCUGGAUACAGUACCAUUAAACAUGUAUGCAAAUGUUUUUUGGUAACGAAACUAACAUGUGCAUCGCUUGUACUUGAACCACGUAAAGUAUUUAUUGAAGCAAAGUUAUCUUUGAUCAGAAUGUGCCAUUAGUUACAAAUAUCUUAACACCUUAAGCAAUGCGAUUCGAAGACAAGGAGUUCAGACUGCUUUCAGAAUUUUUUACUUUCAGUAUUAUUACAUUGAAGUUUAUUGGUGUAUGUAAUGUGACUUCAAAGCCACGUCGCAUAUUGUUUAAUUAUUUACAAUCUUCUAUGAGCUGGAGUGUUUUUUAAACAUAACUUUCUGAAGGAUAGACAAAUUGUUUGGAUGUGAAGGUAACAUUUUUUGUUUAUGUUGUGAAAUGUCCUAGGCAGAAAUUGUACACAAGCUCUGAUAAGAUAAAUGAAUACAAUACAACAAUUUAUGAACUAUGAACCCUAUUUGCAUAAACUGUUGUGACUGAAGUUUAAUUUUCAUAAAUAAAAAAAUUAAAUGAUUUGAAAAUGAAAUUUUACAAAACAGAAACAAAUCUACACAGUUGCCAGAUUAUAAGGAGUUUGGAUAAAAUGGCUUUUGUACAUAAGCCACAGCCCGAGAGAUGAAAAAUGUGCAUCUAGGUACAUCAGUGGCACUGCUUACAAUGGAAAUUGCAAUUGUUUGGGUGUAAAGGGUUUACUAAGCCUGCAUUGUAGUACAAAUGAAAUAGCUAAUGCGAAAGAAAAAUCAAAAGUCAUGAAAACCCUUGACUAUAAUUUGCUUUGUACAACUGUGUCAAAUUAUCCCAAAACCCAUAUGAAGAGACAAAGCUUUGAGAACACUAAAAUUUCCACAUCACUUUCAAGAAACACAGACAUUUUUCCUGAUAUAGACAACUCUCCAAUACAUACACAUGCUAAUGUAAUAUAGACAGUUUCCUCCAUGUCAACUAAAUUCUUAGAUUUUUUCUCUGAAAGAAAGCCUCCAUAUUACUCCCCUUGCUGCUUCACAGUUUGCUCAGGUGCUCCCCAACAAAACCGCCAGCUAUGCUUACAAGUUAUUACAACCUUGCAUGAAAAAUUGCCUAUUUAUUCCACAAAAAAUCCGCAAGGAUGGUUGAGUAAAUGCUUCAGUAGUGUCUAUUUUAUUAUAAAACAGGUAUGGGGUUUAAAUAUUCAUAAUACCUUUAUAUUUAAGGGUUUUGAUGUGAAUGCAGAAAUACUGAAUGGAAGAAGUGGGAUACAUUUUGCUGCAGAUUAUGGACAAAGUAAUGUAAUUGAGUAUCUUAUUUCGAAAGGAGCAGACAUAAAUGUGAGUUUUCCUAUCAAUUUUGUUACUCUCAGUCUUACAAAAGCCUGUUUAAGUAAAGGGUCAGUUCUGAAUUAAAAAAAUUUACCCUUUACACCCUAACAUCCAUAUGCAAGUUCUCCAUACUGUUCUUUAUACAUUUCCUAUGGUGUUUGCAAGGAGAAGUUGUCUAACAAUCAAGAGCUUCUUGAGUUUCUGAUGAUUUCCCUUAUUCUCAUGAACUUAAUGUUUGAUUUAGAGGUGCUACUGUUGGGAGAAAUUAGAUGCUUAUCACUCUGAGGAGUUAGAGGGUUAAACAGUUGUGAAGUAUUGGAUAUUAUCCAAUGACAGUGUAUUAAAAAAGCAUCUGUUGGUUACUCAUCAACUCUGCACUGAUCAUGUUGCACUCAUUUCUUAUUCUGUAAUAUCACUUUUAGUUCCCUUUCAACCUGAGAACCUGCCUUUGUCAUAAUUCACCCACCCUCUUCACCCAUGAGCUGCAUUAGGGGAGAAAUGGCCUUCAUUUUACCUUCCCCUUGAUGCAGCUUUGCUUGCUCUGGCAAACUAUAAGGAUGAUUUUGUAUGCAUUUGUAUGAUUGCUGUUAUUUAGUGCUUAGGGUUAUGUUGAAGAGUUGGUAGAGUUCAAUUUGGGUCUCUUAUCAUACAUUCAAGUGAAAAGAUCCUGGAUUACUUAUCCUGAACAACAGUGUAUUUUAGGUAGCUUUUUCCAUGAGUCAUAUGAACUAAUGGUAUUGCUUUUCUGUAUCAAAGCGUGCAGACAAAUAUGGAAUCACUCCUCUCUUAGCAAGUAUAUAUGAAAGUAACACAGACUGCGUCAAGUUACUACUUGAAAAGGUAAGAGAACUCUGCAAGGGCAAGAGUUUCCUCUUGUAAUCAAUGCAUCCAAAAACCAAGAUUGAUGAGGGCCAUUAAUCAUAUUUACACAACCCACUGACAAAAUAUUCUAAUCAACAAUGAAAAGGAGGGUUGGCCUCAAAAAUUUGUAUUUAGAGCAAUUUUCAAUUAAAUAUUGAAAGUAUUCCAGAAUUGCUUUGGUUUUACUUAACUUCACUUCGUGAUUGAUCCAGAAAACUUGUGCCACUCUUUCAACCAAUCGCCAAAAAGCAAUGAAACCUUGGUCCGUUCAAAUUUUCCCAUGCAUCAAGUAGUUUGCUUGUUUUUGUGGCCACAUUUGGAUGCAAUAUCACCUUAGAGUGCUGACAGCAUCUCAAGAGAUAAUCAUAAAAUUUUCUUUCACCUUGCCCAAUAUUAUGAGCUUCAUUACAAUUCAAUUCUACAGUUAUGACCCACUGUGCAUUUUUCAAUACAGGGUGCUGAUAAGACUUUGAAGGCUCCAGAUGGUAGCUCCUAUAUUGAAUGUGCAGAGAUAGAUGAGAUUAAAAGUCUUCUCAUGUAG